UCGUAUCUGCUGGAAGUGAGGAAAAAGAGAAAAGUGAAGGGCUGUCGCGGGGAGGGGGGGGCUGAAGAAGAGGAGCUGUCAAAAAGGUAUUCCCGAGUCUCUGUCAACCGGCGGAGGGCUGAGGCUCGGUGUACCUCCCCUAACGCUAUUUCGAGGACACACAAGGCCCGGGGCCUCGGUGCAGUUGGCUCUUCGUCUCCCUGGUAGUAGCUGGACCCCUCUCGGCUUCUCCUCUCCGAGCUCCGCGGCCCUCUGGAGGUCCGGCGGCGGUCUCGGGUGUUGAAGGCGGCCCGGGGAGCGGCGGCGGCGGCAGCGGAGACGGAAAGAAGAUGUUCAAGAUGAAGGCGGUUUGCUGCCACGACUGACGCCCCAGUGCGCUGAACAGAACAAGCAGUCCUGACCUGGCAACAUACGAAUGGCCCAGGGAAGCCACCAGAUUGACAUUCAGGUUUUGCAUGACCUGCGCCAGAAGUUCCCUGAAGUACCAGAGGGUGUUGUCUCCCAGUGUGUUCUGCAGAACAACAACAAUUUAGACGCCUGCUGUGAAUACUUGUCCCAGGUCAGUCCGGGCUACUUGUACAGUGAAGAAGGAAACCUCAGCUUUUCUGACGACCCCACCUUCACCAGGCUUCGUAAUCACAUGACCCAGCUGAACCUGGGCCUGCAGUCUCAGAAUGUGCAUGUGGCCCCGGUUCGGGACGGCCUGAGAAUGAAUGGCAGCCGGACUCUGGCCCACAGCCUGAGUGACGGGCCCCUCCAGACAGGCCAGGCCCCCAACAGUGACUUCUUUCAGCAGGAGCCCCAGUCAGCCCCAGUGCAGGUGCCUUCCAGCCUCAAUGUGUUUGGUGUGAUGGAGCCCACACGCAAACCACAGCCUCCACAGCACCUUGGACUCUACCCCCUGGGUGUCAAAGGAACGAGUAUGGGUGCACAGCAGACACCACGCUUCAACCCCAUUACCGUGACGCUAGCCCCUAAUAUUCAGACAGGCCGCAACACCCCCACUUCUUUGCACAUACACGGUGGGCCACAGUCGGGCCUCAGCAGUCCACAGGGUAACUCUAUCUACAUCAGGCCCUAUGUUAGCCAGUCUGGUACGACCCGGCAGAACCAGCCGCAGGGAGGCAGGGCCCAGUACAGCCCCACUUCUCAGCCGCAGCAGCAGAUCUACCAGAUCUCACACCCCUCCUCUCUGUCCGGCUCCUGGUCCGGCCCUCAGCACGCCUCCUCACAUACCUCACAACACCAGACCCAGGGCCACCAGACCUCUCACGUCUACAUGCCAAUCAGCUCCCCCACAAAUCCCCAGGCGCCCUCCAUUCUUCCCACUGGAAGCCAGGCCUCUUCCUCCGGUGUCUCCUCAUGCUCGUCUUCCUCUUCCUCCUCCUCUGUCAUGCCCACCUCUCUGUCUACCAUCAGUCAGUACAACAUCCAGAACAUCUCCACUGGCCCACGGAAGAAUCAGAUAGAGAUCAAACUUGAAUCUCCUCAGAGGAGCAACUCCACAACUACAACAGCCGUGCUGCGGACAAGCAGUGGGCCCCGGUCCUCCUCCACCUCCUCCUCCUGCCCGUCCUCUUCCUCCUCUUCAACUGGGGUGGCUACUGUCCCCACCACCCCUCUCUCCAUUGGAGGCCCAGGUCUGAGCCGCAGCCAGCCCACUGUUUACAUCUCUGCCAGCCCACCUACUGCUGCUACCACUCCCUCUGAGGAGGCCGUCGUGGCCUCAGCCGGCUCCCGCUCCCAACCUAAGUUUUACAUUUCUGCCAAUGCCUCCAGCGAUGACAGUGGGGGUAGAAACCCUCCCACAGUCUACAUCUCAGCCAACCCUCCCUUGCAGGGGCCCUCAGGAGCCAGGAACAUGGGGGGCCAAGUGAGCAUGGGCCCCGCCUACAUCCAUCACCAUCCUCCCAAGUCCCGUGCCUCUGUGGGAGGGGGAGGCACAGCUUCUUCCCCACGCGUGGUUGUGACUCAGCCCAACACCAAAUACACUUUUAAAAUCACGGUGUCACCCAAUAAGCCCCCAGCUGUGUCCCCCGGAGUUGUGUCCCCUACUUUUGAGCCCAACAAUCUCCUCAGCCUACCCUCAGACCACCACUUUGUGGAGCCAGACCCCCUCCAUCUCUCAGACCCUCUGUCGCCACACAGGGAGAGGCCGAGUGAGCAUCGCAGACUCAGCAUGGGCUCUGAUGAUGCAGCGUACACACAAGCGUUGUUGGUCCAUCAGAAGGCCCGCAUGGAUAGGCUGUGGCGCGAGCUGGAGCUGAAGAAGAAGAAGCUGGAGAAACUAAAAGAGGAGGUCAACGAGAUGGAGAACGACCUGACCAGGAGACGACUGGAGAGAUCCAACUCGGCCUCCCAGAUUCCAUCUAUUGAGGAAAUGAAGCAAUUGCGAUGCAAAAACAGGUUACUGCAGAUCGACAUUGACUGCCUCACCAAAGAAAUUGAUCUCCUUCAAACCAGAGGACCACACUUUAAUCCCAGUGCAAUCCAUAAUUUUUAUGACAACAUUGGAUUCCUUGGUCCUGUCCCACCCAAACCCAAAGGUACUUUAUGUAUUGACAGGAGAGGAUGUAGAUAUAAUGUGACCUCUGAGCUCAUGAUGGAGCCGUCCUCUGGUCCUUCCCCUUCUCUCCCACUUGACCCGGGCAGUAAGAUUGUGAAGCCCAUCGCAGACCAGGAGGAGGACGAGGGGACGCAGUGGAACUGCACCGCCUGCACCUUCCUCAACCAUCCCGCCCUCAACCGCUGUGAACAGUGCGAGUUCCCGCGUCACUUCUGAGCCACCGAGGCUGCGACGUGCCGCCCCCUCCUCUGCCGCCUGUCUUCUACCAGACUAGAAUAGAAAAGGGCCCUCUCUGUUCUUUUUCCCUAGUUGUAUGAAAACUCAGACGGGUUGUAGGCAUCAUGCAGCCUGUUUUCCUUGUGUCUUUUCCCUUUUCUUUUCUCCUCUCUAAGGUUUGUAGAAUGCUGUCCACUGAAGGCUUGACUGGAUAGUGUUUACAGCUUGUGUUUUUUCAUAAAGGCCGGCAGAGUCGGAUGAUACCUCACCUUAGAGACUCAGAUCGCGUGGGGUCACCUCCUCCUUUUCUGCUCAACGGGUGACACUUUACCCCUGGGGAUACCUCGCUGCUCCCACUUACAGUAUUACGAGUGUGGCCCUGCAGUGUGACGGCGCACAUACACACACCUACACACCCACACACAUGCACACACAACACAGGUGCCAAUGUGCCUUUUGCUGAUUUAUUUUUGUUUUUGUUUUUCUUCCUCUGUGGUGGCAUGACCGGGGAUUGGGAACUGUGUUCAGCCACUGCUCUCCAUCUGAAGGGAAAACUAACAGACUAAUCGUGGACUUUAAAGUUUGUUUGCUGUUUCUUGAGGAUGCCAAAGGAGGAACUGGCAGUAUCGCUGCCACUGAAACGCGCCUCUUGUCCUCCCCCUUCAGUAUGUCUGUCUCUUCAGUCAUGAGUUAAUGAAAAAAAGAAACUAAGUUGCAUGCUUUGUGUACAGUACACGGAGGCAGAAAUUCCCCCUGAGCUUUUUACUGUACAUAAUUUUAGAAUGUGCCUUAAAAGCCUUCUUCCUCACACUAUGAAUCACUUGUAUUUCCUGUAAGUAUAGCUUUAUAGACUUUAUUAACUUUUUUUGUCUUGUUUUGUUUCCCUCUUUCAAAACAAAUAAGCACCAUGCUCCCUUUUUUAAGCUUUUUACUUGAUUUCUGUGAGAGUUGAAGCCUUGCAGAAGGAGAGGAGCAGAGCAGUAAAAACCCUUGCAGUCAUCAUGAAGCUACAUCUGCCCGGUCCGUUCAUCGCUUGUGCAAUUGCUGAGUUUCCUGUGUACGAUCUGCAGAUGCAGCAAAGUGGAAGGCGAUGGAGGAGUCUUUUUUUUUUUUUUUUUUUAAUUCCCCAGGACACCAAAUAUGUCGGGACUGUUGGGGUAGGGAAGGGGUCAAAAAGCAAAAUUACAAACUGCCAUCUUCUCUGACAACUGGAAUGUAGGUUUAAUGUUUGGGGACAACUACACCUCAGUGCAAAGAGACACUCAUUUUCCAGUAUAACCAGGAUGUGACUGCAGAUCGAUGUCAAAGUGCUCCUGGAACAGCUGAUUGGCUUAAACGUUUCCAUGUUGCUGUGCACGUGAAUUGGGUUUUUACGAGGUAUCAAAGUGAAUAUGCUUCUGUUUCUGUGAUGUAGAAAUAUUCAUGUGGGUGCCUUAUAUACAACAGGUCACAGUUGUUUUGGAAGCAGACAAGGCAAAAAAAGCCCUUAUGUUUUAGCAAAAAUGUAAGCACAACGUGACUGUCCACUUUGUAUACUCUUUUUUUAUUUGGCUCAUUUCAUCCUCCUAAGCUUUUAUUGAUGAGGGUGUUUCUAAAGUUUACUUAUUGUCAUUAACUUACCUUAACUGUGGAGUAGUUACUUUGUUUUGUUUUUUCCACAUUUGUGAAAUGUUGCCUUGCAUCAGUGCCUUUACAACUGUUGAAUUUGUAUUGAUAAUCUAUUCUGUCACAUCCGAGUGCCAUUUUUAAAACCAAAAUUUUAGCAUUGUAAACCCAUUUAAAAGUAGAAGAUGAAUUAUUGUCUCUUAAGCACUUACGGCAUACCUUUUUUUUUCUUUUUCCAACCCAAAGAAACCAGUUUUCAGCUUUACCUGCACCUUGGUGUGAAGAGGCAGUUUAUUCAUGUUUUAUUAAAUGGAAAAAAAAUAAUUUGGAUAUCUAAAGUGUUUUUUUGAUUUUAGCUGGGAAAACUGUCUUUGUAACAGAUAAGUUAUUUGUAAAAAUAAUAAAAAAAAUCUAU